AUGACUGAGAAAGAUUUGGCAGGACAACCAACUAUACAGUCAAUUGGGAGUCACUUACAAGUCCAAGAUCAUGAAGUGAAUUUGCAAGCAAUAAUCUCCAACCCUCUUUCCAUUGGUGAAGUCGCUACUACAUUAACUGAAUCUCAAAAAUGGUUUGUUUUGAAAAGAUUACAUUUUGAUGCUUUGGUAUCUUUAGAAGAAUUACCUCCUCAAGCUAGUUUUAUAUUUGAAAAAAUUGAACAGAUGAAUACCAAAGAGGCCGUGGAAAUAUUACAGAAGGCAAUUGAAGAACAUUCAACUGAUGUCAAUAUUCCAGAACUUGAUUUGGAUCUUUGGAGAGAAUUGGUUGACAACUCUCACAAGUUUACAAAAGUCCAGUUACAAGAAAAGUUAGGUAACAACUCAUCUUCAUCAGUAGAAGGUGAAAAGACGGCUGAUGUUGAACAAGGUCAUGAAAUUGUUGAUUGGGAUUUACAAGUACGUUUAGAAGCAGUAUUGGUUGCUUAUUGGUCUCCAUACCCCGAGGUCAGAGCUGUUACUUUCCCAUACGAUGAUCCAACUAUUCCCGUUGAAACAUUUAGAGUUUAUUUAAUUGGUAUUGUAUGGACUGCAAUUGGGGCGGUUAUCAAUCAGUUUUUCACCGAGAGAAGACCUAGUAUUACCCUUGCUAUGUCUGUCGUUCAAGUGUUUCUUUACCCAUCAGGAUUACUUUGUGAAUGGGUUUUACCUAAAUGGAAAUUUAAGAUUUGGAAGUUGAGUAUUGAUUUGAAUCCUGGUCCUUAUACAUACAAAGAGCAAAUGUUGGCAACUAUAUUCUGUGGUGUUACCGGUGGUGGGACCUCCUACGUUGCUUGGAACAUUCUUAUGCAAAAGUCACCAGUGUUUUAUGAUAACAAAUGGGUUGAUUUUGGGUACCAAGUAUUAUUAAUUUUGUCUACCAACUUUCUUGGUGUUGGUCUUGCUGGUAUCAUGAGAAAAUUUGCUGUGUACCCUACUAAAGCGGUGUGGCCAUCUAUCUUGCCUGGAUUGGCAUUGAACAAAACAUUGAUGACUCCUGCUAGAAAAGAAAUCAUCAAUGGUUGGAAGAUAUCCAGUUACAAUUUUUUCUUUAUCACUUUCGUUGCUUCAUUUUUGUACUUCUGGAUACCUGACUACUUAUUCCAAGCUUUGUCAACUUUUAACUGGAUGACAUGGAUCAAACCGGAUAACCAAAAUCUUGCUGUAGUCACAGGAUCAGUUGGUGGGUUGGGAUUGAAUCCAAUAGCUACUUUUGAUUGGAAUUACUUCAGUUCCAUGCUUCAACCACUUCAAGUGCCAUUUUUCAACCCUGUCAAUAAUAUUAUUGGUAUGGCUAUUGCAUUCUUUUGUAUCAUUGGUGUUUGGUACUCCAACUAUAAAUGGACAGGAUAUUUACCAAUUAACGAUAAUGGUCUUUAUAGCAAUACUGGUGAACCUUAUUCAGUUAGACUGGUUGUUGAUGCCAAUAGUUUAUUCGAUCAAGCCAAAUAUGAUGAAAUAGGUCCACCAUUCUAUACAGCUGCCAAUUUAGUGGUUUAUGGUGCGUUCUUUGCCAUUUAUCCAUUCCAUUUUGUGUAUGAGAUUGGUAUGAAUUAUGACCAAAUGUGGGAUGCUUGCAAAUCAUUCUGGAGAGUUAUAAAAGAUUUUAAGAAGUCAACAUAUGAUGGAUUUGAUGAUCCCCACAGUACCAUGAUGAAAGCAUACCCAGAAGUUCCAGAAUGGGCUUAUUUAAUUAUUGUUGUUAUUUCAUUAGUGUUGGCUAUUUUGUGUGUCAAAGUAUAUCCUGCCGAAACUCCAGUGUGGGGUAUUUUCUUUGCAUUGGGGAUCAACUUUGUGUUCUUGAUCCCAUUAACUACCAUCUAUGCUAGAACUGGAUUUGCUUUUGGAUUGAAUGUCUUGGUUGAAUUGAUUGUUGGUUAUGCUAUCCCAGGUAAUGGGUUAGCAUUAGCAUUUAUAAAGGCAUUGGGUUACAACAUCGACGGUCAAGCACAGAAUUUUGUCAAUGAUUUGAAACAAGGUCAUUACGCUAAACUUCCUCCAAGAGCAGUCUACAGAGUCCAGCUUUUGUCAAUCUUUAUUGCCUCAUUUAUCCAAUUAGGUAUAUUAAAUUUCCAAGUCAAUGGUGGUAUCAAAGAUUAUUGUGAUCCUAAAAACACCCAAAGAUUCACCUGUCCAAAUGGUAGAACUUUCUAUUCAGCAUCUGUUUUAUGGGGGGUUAUUGGACCUAAGAAAGUCUUUAAUGGCUUGUAUCCAAUUUUGAGAUGGUGUUUCUUGAUUGGGUUCUUAAUUGCAUUCCCAUGUAUUGCUAUUAAAAAAUGGGGUCCAAGAAAAUAUGUCAAAUAUUUCGAACCCUCUAUUAUCAUCGGGGGAUUCUUAAACUACGCUCCAUAUAACUUAUCAUAUUACAUUCCUGGUCUUUAUGUGUCAUACGCAUUUAUGUCAUAUAUUAAAAGAAAAUAUGAGGCUUGGUGGCAAAAAUAUAAUUAUAUCCUUUCAACUGGUUUGAAUGCUGGUAUUGCCUUUUCAUCAAUUAUUAUCUUUUUUGCAGUAAUGUAUCAUGCCAAAGACAUCAAUUGGUGGGGUAAUAAUGUUAUGUAUGAAGGUAUGGAUGGUAGUAUGACAGGUUGGUUGAAUGCCACUGUUGAUGCACCAGAUGGAUACUUUGGACCAAGAGUUGGUCAUUUCCCUUAA